AUGCAGCAACUCCUCAAUCCCUUUGCCCAAAAGUAUCCCGACAGCACAGAUUCAACACUCUCGAGCAAUGCCGUCAGCGUGCGCUUCAACCCGUCCGGCCCGUACGCGGGACACUACCUCGCGGCGGGCGGUGCGGACGGCUUAGUCGAGAUCUGGGAUACGGAUACGCAGGGAAUAGUGCGCGUGCUCGAGGGACAUGUCAAGGCUGUCGGUGGACUAGACUGGUCGCGUAACAACCGAUAUCUCGUCAGCGCGUCUCUGGACGCGACGUGCAUCGUAUGGGACCUCUCGUCAAUGCCGCCGUUACUAAGCCCGGCGUCUCCUCUCGCGAACACCUCGAGUGCCGGACUGCGACAUCGGACGCUCCGCUUCGAUGCGCCUGUCGCCACGGCUUACUUCCACCCGCGCAACUCGAAGAUUGUGCUUGCGACACUGACGACCAACGAGGUCGUGCUCGUCGACCUGCGGCGCGGGGAGCAGUACGUCCUGACCGACGUAGAGGAAGAACCAGAGCCUCCGCAACCAGAGUCUCAGCCCGAGGGGACCGAGGAAGGCGACGGAGAGCAGCGACCAGAAGGGCAAGAAGACGUGGAGAUGGCUGAGGGAGGCGAGGAGACGUCACAAGCGAACGGCAGCUCGAAACGCAGCAAGAAGAAGAAGAAAGCUGCCAACGGCACGCCUGAGGAGAAGAAGAGUCCUGUCCUCACCUGCGCGACGUUCUCGCCAUGCGGCAGUCGGAUAUACGCCGGCACAAGUGAAGGUGUUGUCCUCAUCAUCGACCCGGUGACGCGCGGUGUGCUCAGCCGGAUCAAGGUCGGCCAGAGCGGCAUUCGCCAGAUCGCCUUUGACCCGAAAGGACAAUCACUGAUUCUGUCGUCGACGGACCGAAGUCUGCGCGUUCUCAUCGUGUCCCCCGAGACGGGGGCGCUCGCCCCGAUCCACCGGUUCCAGGACCAGAUCAACCGGACGAACUGGAACUCGAUCGGGUUCUCGAAAGACGACGACUCGGAGUAUGUCAUGGGCGGGAGCAGCAACAAGAUGGGCCACAACGUGUUCAUCUGGGACAAGGACUCGGGCGUGCUCGUCAAGGUGCUCGAGGGGCCGAAGGAGCCGCUAUUGGAUUCCGACUGGCACCCGACACGCCCAAUCAUCGCCUCCGUCGCCAACUCGGGCGACAUCCACGUCUGGUCCACAGUCGCGCCGGACAAGUGGGCGUCCUUCGCUGCCGGUUUCGAGGAACUGGAGGAGAAUGUCGACUAUGACGAGCGCGAGGACGAGUUUGACAUUGAGGACGAGUCGGACCUCGCAGCCAAGCAGGACCGGGAGGAGGACACAUUCGUGUCCGUGCUCGCGCGUGACGAGUAUCCGCGCCGUCCGGAGCCGAGAGCGCCCAAGGACGCGAUGGGAAGGGGGACGGGGACGGGGACCGGGGCGAACACGCCGACGACGCGGGAGGGCACGGGCGGAGCAGAGGAGGAGGACGUCCUCACCGCUCUCAGGCAUAGUGCCCAGGUGCGUGCUUGGGCUGACGAGGAUCCAGACGACGAUACCUGGGAGGGCUUCUACCUCCCGCUCAACCUCAUCGACCCCAUCAUCGAGGAUGGAGAGUGA